UUGGAACUGAAUGAUAAGGUUGCUGUUGUUACCUUGAGCUUCGACUGGAUUGAUGGAGGUGUUCCCAGUUUUGUUACUGGAUGGGGCAGGCUUGGUGUUACAAUAACUGGACCUAUUUUGGGCGACUCUGGCAGCCCGUUAAUAUCCAGGGAGACGGGGCAUCAGAUAGGAAUAGCAUCGUGGGCGCAUCCCUGCGCUCGAGGUGUUCCCGACGUUUUCGCAAGGAUCAACAGCUUUAAAAACUUUUUACUUCCUAUAUUAAGAAGUUUCUAA